AUGAACAAAGCGACUGUUCUUUUCGUCCUGGUAAUUCAGUUGACGUUGUUAUCCAGUGCUCAGUUUUAUGGUGGAUACCCAUGGGGUAUGGGCGGAUUCGGAUACCCACCUAUGGGUAUGGGCGGAUUCGGAUACCGACCUAUGGGAAUGAACAAAGCGACUGUUCUUUUCGUCCUGGUAAUUCAGUUGACGUUGUUAUCCAGUGCUCAGUUUUAUGGUGGAUACCCAUGGGGUAUGGGCGGAUUCGGAUACCCACCUAUGGGUAUGGGCGGAUUCGGAUACCGACCUAUGGGUAUGGGCGGAUUCGGAUACCCCCCUUAUGGCGGAUUCGGUGGAUUUUAUCCAUAUAGAAGAAGCGGUCUGGGAAGUGUAGUAGGUGGAUUGCUUGGCGCUGUAGGUGGAGCUAUGAGAGGUGCAGCAGUAGGUUCCUAUAUGGGUGGAUUUUACGGCUGA